UAUUUUAAUUCGGGAAUACAAGUGUGACAAAUAUUUAAUUUGGGGCGAAAGUGAUAUAAGUGUGAACUUCGAGGAGAGCAGGUGAAAAGCGUCUUGUUAAAAUGAUGACACUUUAAAAAAGCAGACGACAUGGACGGCAAAGGGACAAGCCCCGUUUCAGGCAAACCAACUCUCUCUCCAUUCCCAUCCAUCUUCUCGCCGGAAAGUUGAGAUUCCGGUGCUUCUCCGACAUGGCGGCGAACCAGCACGAAGGCUACGCCGCUGCCGAUGACUUCCUCGAGCAGAUACUCGCCAUCCCUUCUUACGCCGGCCUCUCCGUCGCAGACGUCGGCGGCGCCUCGUCGGACUCUGCCUCCACUGUCUCCCAGCUCAGCUCCUCCGCCGGCGUCCUCCACCAGCCUCUGUUCCCUCUGGGUUUGAGCUUGGAUAACAGCCGCGAUGACGGCAGCGACGCCGGAGGUUUCUCUUUGAAGCCUGAUAGAGAAACAGUGAACUUGGGGAAUUUGUACUCGGGGCUGGAGCAUAUGCAACCCCAUGUUAUUCGCCACAAUGUUCCACAACUUCAUCAAGUCCAGUCUUUUCAAGGGCAACCAUCCCCAAGCACAGCAGUUAAUGUCCCACACCCACCAGCUAUAAGACCUAGAGUUCGAGCACGAAGAGGACAGGCCACAGAUCCUCACAGUAUUGCUGAGAGGCUACGCAGAGAGAGAAUAUCCGAAAGAAUAAAAGCCUUGCAAGAACUUGUUCCCAGCUGUAAUAAGACAGAUAGGGCUGCAAUGCUGGAUGAGAUUCUGGACUAUGUGAAAUUCUUACGCCUUCAAGUUAAGGUACUGAGCAUGAGCCGGUUGGGCGGGGCUGGUGCAGUGGCACAACUUGUUGCAGACAUUCCUCUAGAGUCUGUUGAGGGUGACGGGGGCGAAAACCGGCCAAACCAGCAUGUAUGGGAGAAGUGGUCAAACAUAGAAACAGAAAGGGAAGUGGCAAAGCUGAUGGAAGAAGAUGUUGGUGCAGCCAUGCAAUACCUCCAGUCCAAAUCCCUUUGCAUCAUGCCCAUAUCUCUUGCAGCUCUCAUCUACCCCACACACCAAUCAGGUGAUUCCUCCUUGGCCAUUAAGUCGGAACCAUCCGCUCCUUCUUAGAGUCUCCGAGUCCUUUGCGCGUGCCUACGCCCAACUCAUGAUUCUCCCUUCUAUGCCAAGUUUCUCUAUUAUUGUCACUUCUUACAAGUCAAUCCGUUCCGUCCGGGGGCAGUGCAAUCCAACUCAGAUGCCACUAUUCUGCUUUUUGACACAGCCUUUGCCACUUUCUUUUUAUUGUCAAACAAGGUAUGAUGUCUCACAACUUGAAGAUGGCUAAAUGUGCAGAAGGCACUUUCUCCCAUUAUUACUUCUAUUAUUAUAUUGUUGUUGGUGACAUGCUCAAAAAGAUUUUGAGUAUAUUGUGUUGUUCAAACUUAUAAUAUAUACCCAUCCUCCAUAUCUCUCUGUUUUGUUUUUUCAAAUCUCCUGGUGGGGACAUUUUCAUCUGUAUGGGCACUGUAAAAGCACUAAAAUAUGUGCAUGUAACUGUCUGCAAGUAAAUGUUUCUUUCAAGUGAGAUUUGUGCCUUCACAAUCAUGUUUAGUCUGUGUAAAAUUACCAGAUAUCAACCCAACCAUUGGUAAUGAGAGGUGUAACACACAUUCAUAUAAAUUAGUGUUUUUUUA